UUUUUUUUGUGAAUAGUUUUUUUUUUUUAAUGUGACAACUGUAAAGCAAACGAAAGUGCAAGUGUUUUCAUAAAAAGCGAAACGAAGAGCGACUGUAAUUGAAUUGAAGUAAUCAUAAACAGGCAAAUAAUAACUGUGCAAAACAAAACAAAAAAACGGGUAUAAUAAUCACACUAGUGAAAUAAUUACAAAACGCAAACGUACUUCAGGCCAACAUGGCGCAUGAUUAACGUCAACGUGUUAAGCGCCCUGAUUUAAGAUACACAACCUGAAAACCUGAAAGCGGAAGCCAGACACAGGUGUGUGUGUCUCUCUCUGUGUUUGUGUGUGUGUUGGCAGCAAAAGAACAAUAGGCAAACGCCGAAGUGGCGGGCAAAAGAGAGACGAGAAGAGCAAGAGAAGAGAAGACAAAAUGUGGAGACUCAGCAGAUGGUCGAGUGGUGGUUCAGUUGCUGCUGCUGCCGCUGUUCCUGUGCCCCAGUCAAGCUGCUGCUGGCUGCUAAUACUGCUAAUUAUUGGCCAGACUGUUUAUGCUGCCGCCAGCAUCAUCGAAUCCAGCCGCCUGGAAUCGACAGCAGCUCAACCACAGACAAUAGCGCCAAGCAGCGAGCAUCGAGUGCAGCAGCAGCGGCAACAUCAACAGGAGUUCGGCAAUGCCAGCAGCACCACUUCCGACUAUCGAACAGCAUUUGCUGCUGCCGCAUCGACAACAACAACAACAUCAUCGACCGCAAUCCUCAGCAGCAGCGGGAAGCAGCAUGCUUUAACGCUCGCUCGACCACCUCGCGGGGGACGCUUCAAGCGGCAGGAGGAGGAGGAAGAGGUUGAUCGCUGUCGACUCUUUGUGGAGGGCUCUCCGAACAAGAAUGAACUCUACAGUCCGGAGUAUCCCAAUCUCUAUCCCAAGAACAUCAAUUGCACGAGAGUCAUCACAGCGCCAAAGGGUCAAAUCAUACGCCUGGACUUUCGCAACUCGUUUAACAUCGAGGCCAAGGAAGAGUGCAAAUUUGAUUUUCUUGAAAUACGCGAUGGACAAUAUGGCUUCUCGCAGCUGAUUGGUAAAUUCUGCGGCACAGAUUUCCCACCGGAAAUCACCUCGAAGGAACGGUAUCUGUGGCUGCAUUUCCAUUCGGACGAUACCAUUGAAUACACGGGCUUCAGUGCCGUUUACGAGUUUCUGGAUCGCAAUCGAGAGUCGCCCAGCACGGACCUAAACUGCACAAUCGAAAAGGAUGGUUUUGAAGGCUUCAUCAACUCAACCGAUGUCCCAGCUGACAUAAGGGAGCAGGUGAUACGCGAUAAGAUUCCUCUCGAUUGCAUUUGGCGCAUACAAGUCAAGGAUAAUUGGAAAAUUUUUUUGAAAUUCCUGACCUUUCAGCUAAGCAAACCGAAUGACUGUGAGACGAACUUUCUGGAUAUAUUCCCAGAGCAAACAGUGAUGCCAUUAAGAGUGAAAAACUUUUGUGGCUCGGCGGGCGAAAGUAUUACAACAGAGUCCAAUAUUCUGCACAUGCGAUUUUACGCCGAACAAAGUGCGAUUACCUCAACGUUCGCCAUUCUAUACACAGCGUUUCGGGACCGCGGCUCAGGCAGUUGCGCCAGUGAUGAGUACGAUUGCGAGGAUGCGACCUGCAUAUCACAGGAACUAAUGUGUAAUGAGCGGGACAACUGCAAAUUUCGCUGGGACGAGGAGAAGUGCAAGACUGAAACGAAUGGACAGUCGGAGCACGUGGUCAUCAUUAUCAUUGUGUUUGGCCUGAUACUCGGCGGCAUGGUAAUCACAUUCAUUGUGAACUGCAUUCGAAAGAUAAUACGUGAUCAGAAGAUAAUACGCGAGCACAUACGUGAGUCCAAGGAGAGCAAACUGGACGAGAUGGGACGCAACUCCAAGGCACGUUCGCGUGAGAACAUAUCAAGACAAAAGCAUUCGCAGACCUCGUUACAAAUUCUUGAUGAUGUGUCGAAUCGUUAUUAUCGCGAGGCUGUUCCCAUAUCGACGCAGUCGAGCAAGGCGGACUUCAAGGAGAAGGAGCACAGCAUUCUGCGUCGCCAUCCCGACAUGACCCAAACGACGCUGUGCGGUGGCGUUGGCGGUGGCGGUGGCGGUGGUGAUGAUGGUGAAUCCUCGUCGACGACGACGGCAACGCACGAGAUGAUGACAAAGGCGGCGAUUGCGACCGCGCCGGUUAAUGCCUGUGAUAUGGGCUGUCAAACAAGGGAAUCGCUGUUUGCCAACAGUCCCAGCGCCGUUGCCACGCUAAUGAGACAAAAGUCCAGCUCGUCAUCGUUGGGCGGUGGCAGCGGAAUGGGCGUGGCUGUGAUGCCACCGCCACCGCCACGCUUCUUCAGCACAUUUGGCUAUGAUCAGGGCCUGGGUCCGGGCAUGGGAGGUGGAGGAGGAGGAGUAGGAGGUGGAGGAGGAGCUGGUGCUGGGAUGGGCAUGGGCAUGAUUGCGAUAUCGCCAACGCUGCCAGCUACAACGCCGCCGCCGCCAUCGUCGGCAUCUGCGCAGCUGCUCAACACGCUGACGCGUCGCAGCCAAAUGCACAACAUGCAACACGCGCCGUCGCAACACGAAUCCCUCGAGCUCGAGGAGCGGCACAGCGGUGUUGGCGGUGCAGGCGGCGGUGGCGGUGGCGGUGGCGGUGGUCAUCGCUCGCAUUAUGGUCUAAUAGUGGCAUCCGCCGUUAAGCCGCAGGAGAUGUGCCAUCAUCAUCAUCAGCACCAGCAGCAGCAGCAGCAGCAACAACAGCAGCAACGAACGCCACAUCAUGCACAUCCUGCGCAUCAGCAUCAGCAGCAGCAACAGCAGCAAGCGCCGACGGUGGCAACGCGAUUGCCGCACAUGAUGCACGCCCAGAAAGCACCAAGCCAAACGAUGCUGCCCUUGGGCAAGGCGGGAGCAGGCGGAGGCGGAGGGGGAGGUGGAGGCAACACUGCUGGACCGCAUGCUGGCGGUGGUGGUGGGAAGCAGCUGAAGAACGAGGAAUCCAAAGUGUUCAUCGACAUACGGAAUUCAGCGCCAGACGUGAUUAUCAUGACGUCCCAUUGACAUUUAAGGAUUGCCCGCCAAUCAACAGCAGCACUAGCAUCAGCAGCAGCAACAGCAACAGCAACGGCAGCAGCAAUAGUAACAACAACAACAACAGCAACAUUGACCAACAACAACGACGACGACGACGACGACAGCAUCACAAUGGUUGGCAUAUUAACCACAGCCACAACGGCGCCGCUGACACGACACGGACAUUCACGCAGACAAGCGCACGAGCCAGGACACGAACAAGGACACAGACACAGACACAGACAUGGACAUGGACAGGGACAUGAAGACGGCGUGGCGCAAUCAGGCAAACGAAUACGAAUAGCAAAACGCCAGCUUUCCGGCCGGAACAAAGUGUCGCAGUCGCAGUCGCAGUCGGAGCAGAUGCAUUUUUUCGUUUUUUAUGCGUUUUGUUUUGCACGUUUUUAUGCGGCGACUUUAAGGCCAGGUAAUGGCUUCCCUUAUUUUGCACUAGCACUUUAACUUUUAGCAUCAACAACAUUUUUCAAUUAUUUGUAAAUUGCAAUUGUUGCUCAGCUGUCUGCGAAAUGUCAAGACUAAAGCCAAGACUAAAGCACUCACACACACAUUACAACUACACUUUUAUUCACACACACACACACGCUCUGAUUACAACAUAAUACACUUGCUUACACAACGCACAUGAAGUCAGCAAGGUAGACACUAAGCAGACGCAACAUGGCGUAUGCGCAACGUCGAGAGACGACAACGACGACAACAAGCAGAAAGCGACAGCAACGCGUUCUUUGGCGUUGACCACUAAACUGAACCGUGUCUGCUAUCUGUUAUCUGUUAUCUACUACUAUGCUGUCCUGUCUCACAAGCAUACGCACAUAUGUUGUUUCACCUGUCCUGCUCUCCUUGCAUUCCUGCGCGUCGCCAGCACUUCCUCAGCUCCUGCUCUUUCUCCUAUUCUAGUGCUACCUUUCACUACUACAGCUUCUCUUCCUCCUACUCCUACACCUGCUCUUCCCCUGUCUCUUUCUCUAUUUCCUCUCCUGUCUCCUCUCCAGUCACUUCACCCCCAUCUACUCUCUCGACACCCUUCUUGCAGUUACUUCACUUGGCUAUCGCAUCGUGGCGGGUAACUUCUUCAUUUACAUGCAUGCGAAACGUGCCGACAGCUUGCCCGCUCACUCAGUCCAAGUCGAGUCCAAUCCAGCUCAGCUCAGUUCAGUUCAGUUCAGUUCAGUCCAUCCAUCAUCGCGUGGCACGUGCAACCAAACCGUGCAACGUCCAGCAAAGCAAUUUGCGUGAAAAUAGUUUUUUAAGUGAUUUUCGCCCUGCAUUCGUUACGCUGCGAGAUGUUUUAAUCAUUUAAUUAAAUUGUUUUCCAUUUACUUCAUCCUUUUACACCACACCCCACAACUUAAAUCUCACAUUUUACUUUGAUUAUCUGUUUGUGUAUUGCAUUCAUCACUUUCUUUUUAUUUUACUUGACUCAUCUUGGACUUGACUUUGGGUUUCAGAUUUUGGAGCCCUUUUUUUUGGCAAUUCAUUCAUUGGUUACUCAAAUAUCAUUUCACCGUCAGAUUUUCUUUCCAUUUGCUGGCGUUUUGAUUUCACUUUUCACUGUGCAAAAAGAAAAGAAAAACACCAACAAGCUGUCAGCUCACAAUUAGCACGGUCACCGUAUUGCGUUUUGGAUUUUCGAUGUGGCGUUCUGGCUUUUCUCUCUUAUCUAUCUGUGUCAAUCAGGGCGGAAAAAUCACUCUGCUUGGGCGUUCCAACAUUUCAAUUCGCUGCGAUUUUGUUGCCAUAAGAAGAGAGUUUUUUUAUCGUAUAUCGAUAUUGGAAUUCAUAUAAUUCACUAUCGAUUUUAUCAAUCGAUCAAUUAUAUUUUCAUUUCAAUUCGCUGCGAUUAGAUGAAAAAAUUUUUAUCGUCUAUCGAUAUUCAUUUGAUUUACUAUCGACAUGCUAUCGAUAGUUUUGCGAUGUAGUUAUUACAACUUUAUAUUUCAAUUCUAUCCGAAUUUGUUGCGAUUAGGUGAGAGCAUUUUUAUCGUCUAUCGAUAUUGGAAUCCAUUUCAUUUACUAUCGAUUGCAUACGAUGUAGUUAUUACAAUUUUAUGUUCAUUAAUAUUCCAACUAUCCUGCCUUUUAAAUAUCAAUAUUUCAGCUAGCAGAGCUUAGUUCUUAAUUCAACAUAUGACUCUUUAAAAUUAUGCAUACAUUAAUCACUUAAAUCGCCCGCUGAUACUAUCGAUAGUCAACAAUAUAUAUUUCAUUUGGUAGACUUUAAUAAAAAACACUAUGAGUCCCUUUUCAAACUUGCGAUUAAAUUGAAAGAACUCCAACGCCAAAAAAAAAA